UAUUCCUUGACAGUUGUACUUUUUCUAUUAAACCUAGUGCAUGYUUAAUAAAUUUAAAGUGAUGUAAUAAUAAAUGUUUAGUUAAUACAUCAUWCAAAUUUAUUUAAUUAUUUUUGUAUUUAGCUGUACUCAACCUAAAAUAUAAAUCGAAUCUGGGGUAUUAGAUUUGCUGAAUGCAGACGAAUAAAAUUAUUCAAAAAUAUUUUAAUUUUGUAAUCAACUUCAUUCUGGAGUAGUUCAAUUCAGAAGAAAAUCCGGCAGAACAUAUAAUUUAUUCAAAAAACCUUCCUGCUUCAAUACCAUGCAGAUAUCAGUAUAUCGCUCAAGCUAGAGUUCAAAACCUAGGUACCGUCAGUAAAAUGGAAGAAGAUAAGGCAAGCUAAUAUUUGAAUUGUGGUAUUUUAUUGUAAUUUUAUAGUUUCUGCGUUUUAACUGUAUAGAUAGAAUUCGAUAACAAAUACAUUUAAACCAUAAUUAAUAGGCAUAACUUAUAAAAUAAAUUAUUAAUUAGAAAUAAAUUUAAGAUUUAAAGAUUAAGAAGGUCUUAAAGAUCUUAAGAAUAAUUACGAACAUAAAAGCAUUUUAAAAAUAAUAAGUGAAGAUAAAAUUUUAAAUUAAUUAAAUAGCAUCAAUAUUACUUAAAGAAAUUGUAAUUGGAUAUCUUCCAGACAAUUUUCUACAAUCUUUAUAYACUGUAAAAUAAUUUAACUGAUAUAAUCUAAGUAUAGUAUUUAAUAAGUUACCUAUAUAAACAUGUUUCAAUUCAAAAUCCUUCUAUUAAUUACUUGCUUGAAAGUAUGCCGCGGUUUUGCUUAUCAAUGUCCUAAAUCUGUCCCAUAUUCAGAAAUAUCAGGAUUAUCAAGAGUUAGCUUACCUAUAUCAGAUGCGCUCCACCAUUUUAAAAUCAAAAACGAAUUUCUAAUUGAUUCUAAUGGUAGGACAAGAUAUGUUUGCGUAGAAAUUACGCCAGAAAUAUACACAAUACGGAAUAAGACAAUGAAUAACGAUACCGAUACGCAUGUCCAAACCGGAGGAGAUUGUAAAGGACAUGUAAUACCACAUUCCUUAGGGGGAUCAAAUCAUUCAUUGAAUAUAUUUUCGCUUAAUCAGAAUUGUAAAUCGGAGAUGCUAAACAGUGGUGUCGAGCAAAAACUCGGUGAAUUACUUACUGAACACUCGCGAAUAACAUAUAUAGCUGAACUUGAAUAUAUAUAUAAUGCGACUGAUACACGGCCAAAAUGCAUAAACGCAGUGUAUAUGGACGAAAAUGAAAAUAUUUUAGGAUCUAUGAAAAUAAUGAAUUCGCCA